GAUUCUAUGAUCUGUCACCGUUCUGACCAUGACUCACUGACUCUUUCUUGUUAAUGCUCUUACCACUAAUUCCAUUAGAUAACGGAAUCAUAUUUAGAAUAUCUCACUUUUCUAUUCUACAUCAAUCAUUAUUACUUUUCAUUUUCCUUAACUCUUUUCUUUUUCCAAUCUUCAUUUUUUAUUCUUAUUCCCUCAAAAUCACCCCCAAAUCACUCAACCCUAGGGUUUCUUCAUGAUUGAUUUCUUCAGAUAUGGAUCCUCGUUUCAACUCCAAUCACACCAACAACGGUUUCAAAUUCAACCAAAUUCCCAAUUCAAUCGAUUCAGACGACCACACCUUUGGAUUUAUAGAUGAUCUUUUUCUUCUUCCACCACCUGAUCCAAACAACACUUCAAUUUCCGCCAUAACUGCCGCGGAAGAAGAUUCACCCUUGGAUGAGACUGAUUUCUCUGCUACUGUUCUGCGUUACAUAAACCAAAUGCUCAUGGAAGAAGACAUGGAGAAGAAACCAUGUAUGUUUCAUGAUCCAUUGGCUUUACAAGCUGCUGAGAAGUCGUUCUAUGAAGUCAUUGGUGAGACAUACCCUUCUUCUUAUGCUUCCGAGAGUCCUGAGGAUAGUCUUAACAGUAAUUUCAGUAGCUAUAGCAAUUGUGGUACCACUACUAGUACUAGUGGAAGUAGUUCUGUUGAGUAUGAAUCGUAUUGGAGUAAUUUUGAUGUUUCGGAGUACAAGCCUUCGAUAUUGCGAACCACUUUUCCUUCUGAUUUUGUUUUUCAAGCUAGUUCAAUGAAUGGGACUAGUAGUAGCAAUUUCGGUUUAGUGAAUAAUGGGUUUUUAGUUAGUUCUAAGGAUGGAUUUCCUGAUUCAAAUUUGCUAAGUAAGAGUGAGUCUGUACUGCAAUUUGAGAGGGGUGUGGAGGAAGCUAAUAAGUUUCUUCCUAAAGGGAAUCCAUUGGUUAUUGACCUGGACAAGAACAACCCUUUUAUCCCUUCUUUUAGGAAGGCUCCUCAGGAGGUAGUUGUUAAGACGGAGAGUAAUGAAGGGGAACAUUUUUCUGCUGAGGCGAGGGGGAGGAAAAAUCACGAGCGGGGAGAUGAAACGGAUUUACAAGAUGAGAGAAGCAAUAAGCAGUCAGCUGUUUACAUUGAUGACACUGAGUUAUCAGAGCUAUUUGAUAAGGUGCUGCUGGGCACAGGGUGCGGGAAGGAGGGAGCUCCUACGUGUGAUAGUAAGGAAGUGAAGCCUAAUGGACUAGACAUGAGUUUGCAGCAGAAAGAAGAAGCGAACAAUUUUGGUGGUGGAAAGGGCAGUGGUAAGAAACGAGGUAACAAGAAAGGUCUUGUGGAUCUGAGAACAAUGUUGAUUAUGUGUGCACAAUCUGUUUCUUCUGAUGAUCGUGCCACUGCUAAGGAGUUAUUAAAGCAGAUAAGGCAACACUCUUCUCCACUUGGUGAUGGAUCUCAGAGGAUGGCUCAUUGCUUUGCGAAUGCCCUCGAGGCUCGCUUGUCUGGCACGGGCACUCAGAUUUAUACUGCUUUAUACUCCAAAAGAAACUCUUCCGCUGACAUGGUGAAAGCUUACCAAAUGUUUAUUUCAGCCUGUCCAUUCAAGAAGCUUGCAAUCAUUUUUGCAAACCAUACAAUUUUGAAUCUAGCCAAGGAUGUAGAAACUCUUCACGUUGUAGAUUUUGGCAUCCGUUAUGGCUUCCAGUGGCCUGCCCUUAUUUAUCGUCUAUCAAAACGGCCUGGUGGGCCUCCUAAGCUGCGCUUGACUGGGAUAGAGCUCCCUCAACCUGGCUUCAGGCCUGCAGAGAGAGUUCAGGAGACAGGGCUCCGCCUGGCAAGGUAUUGUGAACGUUUUAAUGUUCCAUUUGAGUUCAAUGCUAUUGCACAAAAAUGGGAAACCAUCAAAGUGGAGGACUUGAAGAUACAGAAAAAUGAACUUCUUGUUGCGAAUUGUAUAUGUCGGUUUAAAAAUCUACUUGAUGAGACAGUUGUGCUGAAUAGUCCUAGGGAUGCUGUUUUAAAAUUAAUUAGGAAUUCAAAACCCAAUAUCUUUAUACAUACUACUGUCAAUGGGAGCUAUAAUGCUCCAUUCUUCGUGACACGGUUCAAGGAGGCUCUUUUCCAUUACUCUACAAUGUUUGAUGUGCUUGACAUCAAUGUUGCUCGUGAAGAUCCAACGAGGUUGAUGUAUGAGAAAGAGUUCUGUGGGAGGGAGGUAAUGAAUACUAUAGCUUGUGAAGGUUCUGAGAGGGUUGAGAGGCCAGAGACUUACAAGCAAUGGCAGGUUCGGAACAUAAGGGCUGGAUUUAGGCAACUGCCUUUGGAUAAACAUCUCAUUAACAAGUUAAGAUGCAAGUUGAAAGAUGUGUACCAUAGUGAUUUCAUGCUUGUUGAAGAUGGAAACUGCAUGCUGCAAGGUUGGAAGGGCCGAAUAGUUUACGCUUCCUCCUGUUGGAUACCUGCAUAGGCCUUGACAAUGAUCUUCUCGGGGAGUUUAGGAAAAACAUUUCUUGAGUAUGAAGCAAGAAUCUGGCAGGCAUAACUUUGACUUCUUAAUAGUUAUAUGGUUGACAUAUUCUAGAACUGACUGACCCCUGCCAAUGGAAUGGUAUAGAGCUGGUCAGUUGUAGUUCCAACAGCAUUUUUAUUUGGUUGAGUGUGUUGUAUUAUAUAAACUAAUGCUAUCUGAAUGUCGUAUUUAGAUGCAUAUUGAACUUUUCCUGUGUUGGGCAGUCACUCAUAAGCAGCAUAAUCAUCCUUGGUGA